AAUAAACUUUAUUUACAUCGAACCUUUCAAAACACAGUUACAAAGUGCUUUGCAUUUCAGCAGCGGAACCUGACGACAGAGAACAGUUUGCAAAAUUUGCCAAAACAGAGGGGCUCGCUGUGUCAAAAACAUCUUUUAUAAAUUUUACAGGAAGAACAUCUAAAGGACAUGCUGAGUAUUUCAUUUCCAUUGCCAUAGUUGUGGAGAUGGAGAGAUUGGAUGAAAUGAGAAGAGGGGAACUGCACAGGAAUCUGAUGGGAAGAAAUCAAAAUAACAAAUUAUCUUUAAGGUCUUCUGAUUAACAAAUGAAAGAGAGGCGGCAUGUAAUAUCUGGCCUCGGGGAGAAUUAGUGACACAACAUUGAACAACAUUCUUGGGUUGGAUUGAUUGUUUUCAACUAGAGUAGCAAGAAAUGCCACUCUAGAAGUUUUAACCUCUGCAUCAAAAAUCUUAAGUGGAGACCUGAGAAGUUCCAGGUGAACUGUGAGGUUUGAUGAUUUCCACCUUUCAGCAUUUUUUGCUUCAGCACCCAAAUAUAAAAAUAUAAUAUAAAUAUAUCAAAAAGCAACUACAUUUUUGAGUCUUGAAGAGUGCUUUUUUUAAGAUGGAGGAGCAUGUUCAAUAUUAAUGAUUAACAUACCUAUGUACCUUGUCCUGAGAUGAACAGCCACUACCAGCUGUAAAUGUGAUAAGGAAAACUAAAAGCAGGUCAAGGUGCUAUCACUUUGCAUCGCCAGUAAAACACCAACAACACACGGUAAUACUGCAAGAGAACUCCACCUCAAGAAACCAAAGAUAAGUGUCCAUUUUGUACUACAGUUGCAAUGGCUUCAGGGAAAGAAAACGGUGGACUCGACAAUCUUGCAUUCGAUAUGGAUGUACAAGUCAAUUACCAGCCCGGAGGAAAGGAGGGGAAGACCAGUGGGAGCAGAUGUAUAGCAGAGGAAGACAGAAAUAAACCAACCUAUGGUGUGACUGAUGUACCCCCCUGGUACCUUUGUAUUUUCCUGGCCAUUCAGCAUUACCUGACAGCUUUCGGUGCGAUCAUCUCCAUCCCGCUCAUUGUCUCUGAGGGUCUGUGUCUGCAGCACGACAGCCUGACCCAGAGUCACCUCAUUAACACCAUUUUCUUGGUCUCUGGCCUGUGCACCCUGCUGCAGGUCACCUUCGGUGUCAGGCUUCCCAUCCUACAGGGGGGUACGUUUGCUUUGCUGACACCUGCCAUGGCCAUGUUGUCCAUGCCAGAGUGGAAGUGCCCAGCCUGGACCCAGAACGCCAGUCUGGUCAACACCUCUUCACCUCUCUUCAUUGAAGUGUGGCAGACCCGCAUGAGAGCACUGCAGGGUUCUAUCAUGGUGGCCUCUCUCCUCCAGAUCCUGGUGGGUUUCUUUGGUAUCAUCGGCUUCCUCAUGCGCUUCAUAGGUCCAUUAACCAUUGCCCCCACAGUCUCUCUGAUAGGCCUGUCACUGUACGAUUCAGCUGGAGCCAAGGCUGGCAGCCACUGGGGCAUCUCUGCUAUGACCACAGUGCUGAUCAUCCUGUUCUCCCAGUAUCUCCGUCUCAUACCAAUCCCUGUUCCUACAUACAGCAAAGCCAAGAAGCUGCACACCUCCAAGUUCUUUGUCUUCCAGAUAAUGCCUAUUCUGCUGGGUAUUGCGGUCUCAUGGUUAGUCUGCUACCUCCUUACCAUCUAUGAUAUCCUACCAUCUAAUCCGACCCACUAUGGCCAUCUGGCCCGUACUGAUGUGAAGGGAAAUGCGGUGAAUGAGGCUCCCUGGUUUACAUUUCCAUAUCCUGGUCAGUGGGGCAUGCCAACUGUGAGCCUGGCAGGUGUGUUUGGCAUAAUGGCUGGAAUACUAUGCUCCAUGGCAGAGUCUGUGGGCGACUACCACACAUGUGCCAAGCUGUCAGGGGCCCCUCCUCCCCCCAAGCACGCCAUCAACCGGGGCAUUGGUAUUGAAGGGCUCGGCUGUUUGUUGGCAGGGGCCUUUGGCACUGGCAAUGGCACUACCUCAUUCAGCGAGAAUGUGGCUGCCCUGGGUAUCACCAAGGUGGGUAGCAGAAUGGUGAUUCUUCUGAGCGGAGUUUUCAUGAUUUUGAUGGGGAUGCUGGGUAAAAUCGGAGCCAUCUUCUCAACAAUCCCCACCCCUGUGGUUGGAGGAAUGUUCCUUAUCAUGUUUGGAAUCAUAACUGCAGCAGGAAUUUCUAAUCUGCAGUCCACAGACAUGAAUUCCUCCAGGAAUAUAUUUGUUUUUGGAUUUUCCCUGUUUUCUGCACUCGUCAUUCCAAACUGGAUAAUAAAGAAUCCAGAUUUAUUAAAAACAGGUAUUAAUGAGGUAGACCAAGUGUUACACAUAUUGUUGACCACCCAUAUGUUUGUAGGAGGAUUUCUUGGCUUCUUCCUAGAUAACACAAUUCCUGGGACCAAACGUGAGCGUGGCAUCUUUGUCUGGGACAAAGUACAUCUUGAGGACUCUAGCAACACCUUGGGAACUAAUGAGGUGUAUGACCUCCCCUUUGGCAUAACCUCUUGCCUCUCAUCUCAAUCUUGGGUUCGUUACAUCCCUUUCUGCCCAUGGAAGGGCCACAGAAGUCUUCCCAACACAGGGGUCAUUGAUGAAUUGGCUCUAUAAGAUCUGAAAUAGAGGUGUUAUUAUUAAAUAAUAGAAUUUUAGGUCACACUGCUGUUUCUUAUCAAACAAGGGUUGCAGAAAUAUUGUCAGGGAUCUCUGGCUUAUUGUUUUUUUAUUAUUCAUCUGUUACAGUCAUUGAGAGUUGCUGAGGAUAUGAGUAGGCCUAUUAAAAAAUAACAUAAAUGCAGAAUGUAAUUCUGGUCACUGCACUAAUUCUUCUUAAAUAAUACAAUUAGAGUAAAUGUAUCUAUGUUUACUGUCCUUUACAUGUAGCAAAGCUUCCAGCUGUGGGUGUAAUUUUGAUGUGUAAGCUAUGUUUUCACAGCCUGACCACAGAGAGAGAAAUAAAAAUAUCGGAGUGUGAACUGUAGCUCUCACAUUCUGUCAACACCAAUUAAAAUAGAGUGACUAAAUGAUCAAAGUGUCACUAUGUUCCACCAUUACUCAGAAUUCUUCCAAUAAAACACAGCCGGUCACACACACAGACAGAAAACUAGAAUAAUGUGCUCUUCAUUCUCCUCUUUCAAAGGAAAUUAAAUUUAGCCUGUGGAUAAAUGUAUUAUCACACAGCCCUAUCUUCAGACUGAUCUAGGCAGCUGCUUGAAACCCCACAGCAGCAACCCUCUAGCUGUUAUUGUGUUUUCUUCUGCAAAAGCAAGCAUAGAUAGCACAUCCUCUUUUUUUCCUUUGCCUUCCAUGCCUAUAUCUCUUUCUCUCUGUAUUCAUUUCCUCUUUCUUACUGACUCUGACAGGUGGGAUAUGGCGUGACGCUUUGAUCUGUGGAGCCAUCAUUUUUCCCAGAAGCCCAUUUUGACCACUGGUCAAUGGUUGACUGCUCACUCUAAUGUUAUUUCAGAUUAGCACUGACAAAAAUCUCACCUUUUCUUUGGAUGUCUUUUUGGCACCUCCCUGGGAACAAAUUACAGAAUGUAAUUUGUAUGUUGGUGUUUUGGAAAGGGAUCUGCAUUUCAGUGGGAAAUGAUUAUAACUCAGCAGUUCUCUGCUGAUCAGGCAAUGCUUCAAAUUUACCAGAACCGUCUUUUUUUGUCUGAAACCUCAGCCUUGAGGAAUUGCUUUUAUUGUCUCUUUUUGAAAUCGACAUUUUAUCAUCUGUCCUCCCAGCUUUCAGGCACAUUAUGAGAUUUAUCUUAGGCUCUUGAAAGCUUUCAAAUGCCAAGUUUAUCUUUUUGACAUAAAUAUGACCGCAAAUGGAAUUAAGGAGUUGCAGGAGGAGAGACAGACUAAAAUGAGAGAGAGAAAGAGAGAGAGAGAUUGUGUAUUUGUGACCACUAGAUGGGGAUAAUACUAAGGCAAAUGUGAGAUACUGCUCUACACACUCCUGAUGAUUCAUUCAUUCAGACACAAACAGGGUAAAUACAGAAUAUAAAAUGAGUGCACACAUAAGUAAAUAUAUUUCAGAUGGUCUCAUUUACAGUCUUCUUAGCAAAUGUAUUUAAAAGGCACUUGAGAAUAAAUAUGCGGUCGAGACCUGAAGGCAAUUACUUCCCAUGGGCUCAAGGAGAAUGAAAUAUUUCAUCAUGCCAAGACAUAAUUGCUAAUACAUAAAGAAGAAGGAUGUAUCCAUUUUGCACACAUUCUGGGAGUAUUGAUAGCUUCCUGUUCAAUACAAGAGUUCUGGCAACAUGCUUGGAAACUUGGUGUCAAGCACUCACACAACCAACGUGGGACAAUAACAAUGGUAUAUUAUUAUAAUAUAAGUCAGGUGAAACCCUUGGCUCUUUAGUGGGCCAUCAGAAUCAUGCCUGUUCAUUUCCUGACCUCAGUGGUGGAUAUAUCUUAUACGUCAGUGCUUGGAAAUACUGGAUGAAACUGGCUUUCACAGUGAUGCUUGAUAUGAGCAAGAUAUCCGGAAAGACCUACAAACUGCCAUUGUACUGUAUUUAUAGGAUCAACAAAGACACUACUGGGUAAUUCCUGUUUGUUGUUACUUUCUUGUGACAAAAGCUGCUGGAAAAGUAACAUCUGACACCUGUCAUAUUAAAAGCUAAUAUUGUACUGGUGCAUAUUGUUAAAUUCUUGAUAUCCAGAAAAUUUACUGACUCGGGU